GUGCUUAUCAGUUAAUAGUGGUCAUAUAAGCAUCAUAAAAAAGCUGUAAAUUAUUGUUUUACCUAGUCGUUUUAUUAGCAAGAGCUGUAUGCCAGUCCGUGUUCGAGGUUGAUUGGUUUGAAAGAAAUUAGUCUUUUUUUUAGAAUAUACCAUUAUAUACCUAAAAAAAAGGUUGAAGGUAAUUCUGCAAAAGUAAGUUCAAUGAAAUACUAUGUAAGACGAUUUUUUCACACUUCGUUAUUUUCAAUUAAAUACUUGAUUCAUUAAACUAUUUUGAAAAUAAUUUUAGAGCGGAAAAAUGAAUCAGCAGUUUUGAGCAGAUAAAGAUAAGCUGUUUUUAAUUUUAACUAGAGAUUUAAUUGCGAUAUCAUUUGCAAUCUAUUUAUACCACAUAAAAUCAAACUAAAAGGCUGAAAACAGUACAAUAUUUUUCUAAUCAUGGCAAAGGUUGAUGCAUAGAUGACCAUUAACGAAUUGCUAAGAACCACGUCAGUUACAACUGAACUACUUACUACAAACAUAUCAGCACUAUACACCGUAUUCAAAAUCAAAAUUUUAAGUAGUUGAUGGGGAUAUAUUCUUUCCAAUACAAUCAUGAAUUUAACGUCAAAACGAAUGUGGUUUUGUACAGUAAUGUUUGGAUGUCUAACACUGUCGUUAUUAUACCAGCGGGACUUUACUGUCAGUGCUUUACAAAUCAUGUCGAUUUAUAAUAAUUCAACUAACUUAUUAGAUAGACAGAAAGGGAUGAAAUAUAUAUUGGAAUGGUCACCUCCGAAACAUUGGCCAUUGAAAUAUUGGGGUCCAGGGCAAAAUGAGUAUAUCAGAAGAAAAUGUAAAAUAAACAAUUGUUACGUAACCGCAAAUAGAUCGUUUUUUCCGAACAUCACACAAUUCGACGUAGUUGUGUAUAAUUCUAUGGAAAUGAAAGGUUAUGCAUAUGUGCCUGGCCCAAAAAUACGAAGUCCGCAUCAAAAAUAUAUAUUUACCAGUAUGGAGUCCUCUCAUUACUACCCGUUUUGUGAUAAGAGAUACAAUGGCUUUUUCAAUUGGACUUGGACUUACAGACUAGAUUCUGAUGAACCUUACGGAUACAUAACUAUUAGAAAUAUUACGGGCGACAUAAUUGGUCCAAAUCAAAUUAUGCACUGGAUGAAAUUAGAUGCGAUGAAACCAAUCGAUAAAAAAACAAAAAAGAUGUUAAAGAAGAAAAACAAAACUGCUGCCUGGUUUGUUUCUAACUGCAAUACUAAAAGUAAAAGAGAAGAACUCGUGUUUAGGCUACAAAACGAAUUAGGAAAAAAAUAUGGUUUGGAGAUUGAUAUAUUCGGUGGAUGUGAAUGGGCUUUGAAAAAAUGCCCUUUGGAAAAAAUUAAAGAGUGCUUGAAAUUGAUCCAAGAGCAGUACUAUUUUUAUCUCUCUUUUGAGAAUUCCUUUAGCAAAGACUACGUGACCGAGAAAUUGCUGACGGCGCUACAGAAUUACGCGGUACCGAUAGUUUACGGAGGCGCUAACUACACACGAUUCAUGCCGGAUGGUAUAUAUUUGCAUGCUGGUGAACUAGAGGUAUCCGAUUUGGCGAAACAAAUGAAUGAUAUCAUAAAAGACAAAAACAGAUUGACUUUCACGGCUUCGGCAAACAUUGCCAUUCGUCCGGGGAACGGGCUGCCGAGAUGGGCCAAAAAUACAAAGUUGAUAGCAAGUUCAAGGGAUGGUGCCCGUAAUAAUGUAUACUACAGUUUCUUCAAAUGGCGAAACCACUAUUCAUACCACGAUAAAGAAGAGUCACCCGAUUCUGACGACCAGUGCAUAACGUGUGCAAUGCUUAACGACGAGACUCUUAUGAAGAAGAAAACCGUGUAUAAGGAUUUUACAAAUUGGUGGAACGUUCCAUGGGGAUGUUAUGGUAAAAAGGGUAGACGGGUAAAGAAUUUCUAAAGGCCCAAAAAACGAUGGGUGGAUUGUGUGAAAGAGGAUAUGAGACAGAAAGAAGUGAGUUGAGGUAACGAUAGAUAGAGGAGAAUAGAACAGAAAAACAUGAUGUACCGACCCCACAUACCGUAGGAUAAGGGCAGGAAGAACAGGAAGAAGAAGAAGAAAAGUCGGUCCAAAAUGCUCUAUAUAAAAAUAUGGAUUUAGCAGGUUUACACUAUUAGAAAAUUAUAUAAGCUGCACCUUCGCUUUAAAAGUUUUAGUAAAACUUUUAAAGUAAAGGUUAGGUAUAUCGUUUUCUAAGAGUGUAGACCUGCUAAAUCCAUUUUUUUAUGUAGAGUAUUUUGUACCCACGUUCCUUCUUCCUCAACUCCCUCUUCCUCCUGCCCUUAUCCCACGUUAUGUGGGGUCUGAUUCGGUCAAGUUAUGUUCUAAUCACUAAUGUAUGGGGAAGGCCAACAAAUUAUAGCCAGCAUUCAUUGAAUGUAGUAUGAUAGACCUUUGGGUAUGGUGCUUUACGCACACUAGUGUCCCAUCCCCUGCCCCUGACGAAACCCCUACUUUUAGCAUGAAAUAUGACGGUUUUUUUUUAUUGUUUGGGGAAAGUAAUUCCAGUUCGCCUUUGUACUAAUGAUGAAUGUUAUUUUUCCUUAGAAUAAAUUUAAAAGUGGAAAUAUUACUGUCUUGGGUUGGGUGAGACUUGAACUCACGGCCUCUGGAUCAAGUCAAGUUGAGUUCAAGUCUCACCCAAGACAGUAAUUUUUCCACUUUUAAAUUUAUUCUAAGGUUAAUAGCAUCGUUCGCAGACGUUUCUGCUUGUUAAAAA